GCGCCGUGGCGUCGUUCCUCGCAGUCGACACCGUCAGGGCAGCUGGUCUCCCUCGUCCCGUCUGCCGCUCACCGCACAAACUCGGCGCCCAAGCAGCAGGUCUGCACAGACGCACCAGAAGCUACCAUAAUGACAGCCCAGGUCGCCCAAAUGCCCCGAGAGCAGAUUGACUCAUUGCGCCGUCAGUUUGACCUGCUGGACACUGACGAGGAUGGCCACAUCUCGCCGGUCCACCUGACCAACGUCCUGCGCAGCAUCGACCUCCACAUCACCGAUACCGAGAUGGACGAGGUCAUGGCCAAGACGGACGUGGAUGGUGACGGCAUCAUCACGUUCGAGGACUUCGUCGAGGCUUUCCGCACGUCCCGCAGGGAGGAGCUGGCCAAGGCUGACCACGAGAGGCAGGCCAACCUCAGGCAGACCUUCCAGAUCUUCGACCGCCGAAACUUCGGUACCAUCAGCCCUAAGGACAUCUGGAACGUCCUCAGGAGUCUUGGAAAGAACAUCCCCCUCGAGGACAUUGAGGACAUUGUUGCUGAGAUCGACCAGGACGGAGACAGUCGCAUCUCCUACUCCGAGUUUGUGCAGUGUGUGUUUGCGGACGACGAGUGAGGCCGGGCUGACUCUCGCACGUUAUCGAGCUGUCGGCUGGCUGGUCCAGUCCGAUCCGUCCCGGGUAUGGCCGCAAACGGCGGACCGCCCCCACGACCGCCGACCCGCGCCGCUGUCUGAGAGAGUGAGAGAGAGAGAGCUCCGCUGUCCUGUCGGUACCGCGUGGCUCCGGCCGCCCGCUAGAGGGCGAGCCCGCCGGCCGGUGGUGCUCGUCUUGAGCGGCGCCGGACGCCCCUCCGCCGGGGACCGGGGGCGGUGGGCGCCGCCCUGGAGCCGGCCCGGAGACGGCGCACCCGCCACGGUCCCCGAGCCCUGCAUCUCUCUGUGUUCAUUAUUUGUAUGUGAUCGCUGCACUUGUUUAAGUUAUGUAAUACAAUGCACGUGUACAGAAACA